AUGUUCAAAGAAGCUGGAACUGAUUCCAAAAAUUCCAACCCCAAUGAAUCUGACGUUCAUCGAAAGUCUAGUUGGAAGAAGCAACAAAAAGAAGUAGUGGAUUUCAAUACUCUUCUUGUCCACUGUGCACAAACCUAUGCCAGCGGCGACAAACCUAGAGCCUGCGAGCUACUGAAGCAAAUCAGCCAGCAUUCUUCUCCUUAUGGCGAUGCCUCCCAGAGGCUUGCCCACUACUUCGCAAACGGCCUCAAGGCCCGUCUCGCCGGAACUGGCAGUGAGGUCUACCAUUCCCUUGUAUCUAAGCGCAGGACGGUCAGCGAUAUGUUAAAGGCCUACCAACUUUACCUCGCCUGCUUCCCUUUCAAGAAGAUCACCUACCACUUAACAAAUCAAACCAUUUUAGACACAAUUCAGCAUGCAACUAGAGUCCACAUAUUGGAUUUCGGCAUAGACUUCGGUUUCCAAUGGCCAAGCUUUAUAAAGCAGCUUUCCGACCGCCCCGACGAACCCCCAAAGCUUCGAAUCACAGGCAUUGAAAUCCCUGAACCCGACUUCGGUCCGACCGAGAGGAUUCAGGAGACUGGCCGUCGGUUAGCCAAAUUCGUAGAGAGAUUCGGUGUCCCCUUCGAGUACCACGUAGUGGCAGCCAUGUUCGAUGAGGUUAGGGUUGAGGAUCUCCACAUUGAAGAAGAUGAGUUGCUAGUUGUAAAUUGUUUGUUUCGCCUGCAUGACCCAGCUGAUGAAACAGUAACGGAACACUGCCCCAGGGACAAGGUGCUGAACACCAUUAGAGAACUGAAUCCAGCCAUGUUUGUGAACGUGGUGGUGAAUGGAACCUAUGGUGCCCCAUUCUUCAUGAGCAGCUUUCACGAGGCAAUGUAUUACUUCUCGGCGGUUUUCGACAUGCUGGACUCCACGGCGCCAAGGGAGAACGAGCAGAGGAUGUUGGUUGAGAGGGAUCUGUAUCGAAAGCGACUGAUCAAUGUGAUCUCUUGUGAGGGACUGGAGAGGGAGAGGCCGGAGACUUACAAGCAGUGGCAGGUGAGGAUUUUGAGGGCUGGGUUUGAGCAGUUAAGCAUAAGCAAGGAACUUGUAAAGAAGGCCAGGGCGGGGGUAAAAACUUUCUACCAUAAGGAUUUUAACAUGGAUGAAGAUGGUAAAUGGAUGCUUGAAGGAUGGAAAGGUCGCAUCUUUUAUGGCCUCUCUACUUGGAAACCUACAUGUUUUUGA